GUAGUAGCCUUGUAGUAAGAGUGAGUCAUCGCCUGUGAAUCUGUGCGUGUUCCAUGUUUUGGCUGCCAUUAUAAUUUUAUGUGAAAAUCGCAUUUAUCCUCGUGCUUGAUUUUCUUGUGUUUUUUAGACUUUUAUUAAAUUAUGGCGAGACAAAAGUGUUUUUUUGUGUAAGGUUGAGGCUGGAAAAGCAGGCAGUGAAGGGAUAACUUUUCACAGACUACCUGCAAAUGAAAAACAGAGAGAGAAAUGGAUGUCUUUCUUGAAACUUACCGAGCUAGAACCUCAAUCCCACAAAGAUGGUUAGAAUAUGCUCCAAGCAUUUUUUGCAACAAGAUUUCACUACUGAUGCUAGUGGAAGAACUUGGCUAAAAUCUGGUGCUGUUCCAAAGUCCAUUUGGCCAGUUGUUUCCUCUCAAUGUACAUCAUCGUCAAGUAUUGAUAUUUCCUCAAAAGAAGUUUCUGUGAUGCCAAAAGGUAUUGCAAGCUCCCUAGAUGAGACUGGCAGCUCCAUAAGAAGCUCUUCAUCCAGAAUAAACACUGAUGAAAGGUAUGUUUUGUGAAAGAUCCAUGUACUGUAGGCUAAUUUAAUUUAAAUUUGGAAAUGUACUAUUUAU